CCGGCGGCAGGCACCGGCCAUGGGAGCCGCGCGCCUCCCGGUGCUGCCGCUGCUGCUGCUGCUGCUGCUGCUGCCGGUACCGGCACCGGGAUCCGGGGGCACCGGCAGCGCCGCAGCGGGGCUGGGGCCUGCGGGCACCGGAGGCACCGGAGGCACCGGCAGCGCUCGGAGGACUCGAGUCCGCCAGGACCCCGCUGGCAUCGGGAAUACCGGGCCCGAUGGGGACACCGGGAGCACCAACACCCCCGUGCGUUCCGGGAGCGCCGGGGAUGUGAUGGACACCAGGGAUGCUGGGAGCGCUCCAGUUCUCAGGGAUACUGGGAAGCCUCCAGGCAAUGGGGCCAUCGGGGAGCGCAUCCCCACGGGGCUCCGCCGGCGCCGCAGCCCUAACACGGCGCCGCAGUUCCAGCCCUCCAGCUACCAGGCGUCGGUGGAGGAGAACCGGCCGUCGGGAACGCCGGUGCUGCGGGUGUCGGCGCUGGACCCGGACGCAGGUGAUGCAGGUCGGCUGCACUAUGCCAUGGCCGCCCUGUUCGACAGCCGCUCCGACGGGCUCUUCACCAUGGACCCCGUCACCGGUGCCAUCACCACCGCGGCACCGCUGGACCGCGAGAGCAAGAGCACGCACGUGUUCCGAGUGACGGCCACGGACCACGGCACGCCGCGGCGCAGCGCCAUGGCCACGGUGACGGUGACGGUGACCGACACCAACGACCACGACCCAGCCUUCGAGCAGGCUGAAUACCGCGAGAGCGUGCGGGAGAACCUGGAGGUGGGCUACGAGGUGCUGACGGUGCGCGCCACCGACGGCGACACCGGUGCCAACGCCAACAUCCUGUACCGGCUCCUCAACGGCGGCGGCGUCAAUGAGGUGUUUGAGAUCGAUCCUCGCUCCGGCGUCAUCCGCACCCGCGGCGCCGUGGACCGCGAGGCUGUGGAAGCCUUCGAGCUGCUGGUGGAGGCAUCGGAUCAGGGCCAGGAGCCAGGGCCGCGCAGCACCACGGCCACGGUGCGCAUCGCGGUGGAGGACGACAACGACAACGCGCCGCAGUUCAGCCAGAAGCGCUACGUGGUGCAGGUGCCCGAGGACACGGCACCCACCGCGGCUGUGCUGCGGGUGACGGCCACCGACCGCGACAAGGGCAGCAACGCGCUGGUGCAUUACAGCAUCGUCAGCGGCAACACCCGCGGACACUUCUACAUCGAUGCACAGACAGGGGCCCUGGACGUGGUGACCCCCCUGGACUAUGAGGUGAGCAAGGAGUUCACGCUGCGCAUCCGGGCGCAGGACGGCGGCCGCCCCCCCCUCUCCAACAUCAGCGGCUUGGUCACCGUUCAGGUGCUGGACGUCAAUGACAAUGCCCCCAUCUUCGUCAGCACACCCUUCCAGGCCACCGUGCUGGAGAACGUGCCCCUGGGCUACUCCGUCAUCCACGUCCAAGCCAUUGACGCCGAUUCCGGUGACAACAGCCGGUUGGUUUACACCCUGCUGGAGACCGGCGCCGGCUUCCCCUUCGCCAUCAACAACAGCACCGGGUGGAUCGUGGUGGCCGCCGAGCUGGACCGGGAGGCCGUGGACUUCUACAGCUUCGGCGUGGAGGCACAGGACCAGGGGAACCCCCCCAUGGCGUCCUCGGCCAGCGUCACCGUCACCGUGCUGGACGUCAACGACAACAGCCCCGAGUUCACGCAGCGGGAGUACAGCGCCCGCCUGAACGAGGAUGCGGCUGUAGGCAGCAGCGUCCUCACCGUGUCAGCCGUGGACCGCGACGCCAACAGCGUCAUCACCUACCAGAUCUCCAGCGGCAACACCCGCAACCGCUUCUCCAUCACCAGCCAGAGCGGUGGAGGGCUCAUCUCCCUCGCCCUACCCCUGGACUACAAGCUGGAGCGGCAGUACCUGUUGACCAUCGCCGCCUCCGACGGCACCCGCCACGACACCGCGCACGUGGUGGUCAACGUCACCGACGCCAACACGCACCGGCCCGUGUUCCAGAGCUCCCACUACACCGUCAACGUCAACGAGGACCGGCCGGUGGGCACCACGGUGGUGGUGAUCAGCGCCACGGACGAGGACACGGGGGAGAACGCCCGCAUCACAUACCUGAUGGAGGACAGCAUCCCCCAGUUCCGCAUCGCCGCCGACACCGGCGCCGUCACCACGCAGAUGGAGCUGGACUACGAGGACCAGGUGUCCUACACCUUGGCCAUCACCGCGCGGGACAACGGGAUCCCGCAGAAGUCUGACACCACCUACCUGGAGAUCCUGGUGAGCGACGUCAACGACAACGCUCCGCGGUUCCUGCGCGACUCCUACCAAGGCUCCGUCUACGAGGACGUCCCUCCCUUCACCAGCGUCCUCCAGGUGUCAGCCACCGACCGCGACUCGGGGCUCAACGGCCGCGUCUUCUACACCUUCCAAGGAGGGGACGAUGGUGACGGUGACUUCAUCAUCGAGUCCACGUCGGGCAUCGUGCGGACCCUGCGCCGCUUGGACCGCGAGCACGUGCCGCUGUACACGCUGCGCGCCUUCGCCGUGGACAAGGGGGUACCGGCGCGGCGGACGCCUGUCGCCAUCCAGGUGAUGGUGUUGGACGUCAACGACAACCCGCCCGUCUUCGAGCGCGACGAGUUCGACGUGUUCGUGGACGAGAACAGCCCCAUCGGGCUGGUGGUUGCGCGGAUCACGGCCACCGACCCCGACGAGGGCUCCAACGCACAGAUCAUGUACCAGAUCGUGGAGGGCAACAUCCCCGAGGUGUUCCAGCUGGAUAUCUUCUCCGGGGAGCUCACUGCAUUGGCUGACCUGGACUAUGAGACCAAAGCUGAGUACGUGAUGGUUGUACAGGCCACGUCGGCGCCGCUGGUCAGCAGGGCCACGGUGCACGUGCGGCUCCGCGAUGCCAACGACAACAGUCCCCAGCUGAAGAACUUCGAGAUCCUCUUCAAUAACUACAUCACCAACCGCUCGGGCAGCUUCCCCGGGGGGGUCAUCGGCCGCAUCCCUGCCCACGACCCCGACGUGUCCGACAGCCUCACCUAUGCCUUUGAGCAGGGCAAUGAGCUCAACCUGGUGCUGCUGGACCCGCACACUGGGGACCUGCGCCUCAGCCCGGCCCUGGACAACAACCGCCCGCUGGAGGCCGUCAUGAGGGUCUCUGUGUCCGACGGCAUCCACAGCGCCACGGCUCAGUGCACGCUGCGGGUGACGGUGAUCACGGACGAGAUGCUCAGCAACAGCAUCACCCUUCGCUUGGCUGACAUGUCCCAGGAGCGCUUCCUGUCCCCGCUGCUCAGCCGCUUCCUGGAGGCCGUGGCGGCCGUGCUGGCAGCGCCGCGGCACCGCGUGGUCCUCUUCAACAUCCAGGCGGACACGGACGUGGGCAGUGCCCGGAUCCUCAACGUCAGCCUGUCGGUGCUGCUGCCGCUGUCGUCGGAGGAGCUGCAGGAGCGGCUGUACCUGAACCGCUCUCUGCUGGCGUCAAUCUCAGCGCAGCAGGUGUUGCCCUUCGACGACAACAUCUGCCUGCGGGAGCCCUGUGAGAACUACAUGCGCUGUGUGUCCGUGCUGCAGUUCGACAGCUCCGCGCCCUUCCUGGCCUCCGACACCAUCCUCUUCCGGCCCAUCCACCCGGUGACGGGGCUGCGCUGCCGCUGCCCGCCCGGCUUCACCGGAGACUACUGCGAGACCGAGAUCGACCUCUGCUACUCCAGCCCCUGCGGAGGGCACGGGCACUGCCGCAGCCGCGAGGGAGGCUUCACCUGCGAGUGCCAGGAGGACUUCACUGGGGAGCGCUGUGAGCUCUCGGCCCGGGGGGGCCGCUGCACGCCGGGGGUCUGCCGCAACGGGGGCACCUGCCUCAACCUGCUGCUGGGGGGGUUCCGCUGCCAGUGCCCCCCCGGGCACUACGAGAAGCCCUUUUGCACCAUGAGCACCCGCAGCUUCCCCCCCCGCUCCUUCCUCACCUUCCGGGGCCUGCGCCAGCGCUUCCACUUCACCCUUGCCCUCACGUUUGCCACGAGGGAGCGGGAUGGGCUCCUGCUCUACAAUGGGCGCUUCAAUGAGAAGCACGACUUUGUGGCACUGGAGAUCGUGAGCGAGCAGCUGCAGUUCACCUUCUCUGCAGGUGAGGCCACCACCACCGUGUCCCCAUUCAUACCGGGAGGUGUCAGUGAUGGGCAGUGGCACCGGGUCCAGCUCCACUACUACAACAAGCCGGUGCUGGGCCGCUCGGGGCUGCCGCAGGGUCCGUCGGAGCAGAAGGUGGCAGUGGUGACAGUGGAUGAGUGUGACUCGGGGCUGGCUCUGCGCUUCGGAGCCCAGCUGGGCAACUACUCCUGUGCCGCGCAGGGCACCCAGAACGGGACCAAGAAGUCUCUGGACCUGACGGGGCCGCUGCUGCUGGGGGGGGUGCCCACCCUGCCCGAGAGCUUCCCCAUCCGCAGCCGGCACUUCGUGGGGUGCAUGCGGCACCUGCACAUCGACCAGCGCCCCGUGGACAUGGCAGCCUUCAUUGCCAACAACGGCACCCUGCCCGGGUGCCCGGCCAAGAGGCCGCUGUGUGCCAGUGACACGUGCCACAAUGGGGGCACCUGCGUGCAGGAGUGGGACAGCUUCAGCUGCCGCUGCCCCACAGGCUUUGGGGGCAGGACCUGCCAGGAAGCGCUGGGCCCCCCGCAGCGGUUCGGGGGCCACAGUCACGUGUCCUGGGCGGGGCUGGCGCUGCCCCUGGCCCUGCCCUGGCGUAUGCGCAUUCUGAUCCGCACCCGGCACCCGCGGGGGCUCCUCCUGCGCGCGGAGGCUCCGCCCCUCGACGUCAGCGUCGAGCUGUCCGAGGGCCAUCCGGAGGCAGGGUUGUGGCAGGGGGGGUCCCCCCUGGCCCGGCUGCGGCUGCCGCAGGUGUGGGUCAGUGAUGGGCACUGGCACGAGGUGGAGCUGGGGCUGGAGCCGGGGGGGGCACCAGGGCCCCCCCACCUGCGCCUGGGCUGCGACUACGGCCGGUACCAGGCAGUGGCCAACGUGUCCCUGGAGCUGGGGGAGCUGCAGCUGCAGACCCUGAGCAUGGGGGGGCUGCCGGGGGACGGGGGCACCGUGGGGCAGGGCUUCCAUGGCUGCAUGCAGGGCCUGCAGCUGGGUGAGGCGGGUGCCGGGGCUCUGCGCGUGGCGGCGGUGUCACGGGUGGCGGUGACCUCGGGCUGUGACCUCCCUGACCCCUGCGCUGGGGGUCCCUGCCCCCCCCACAGCGACUGCACCGGGCACGGGGACACCGUCACCUGCCGCUGCCACCCGGGGCACUUUGGGGACAGCUGCAUCAGCGCCUGUGCCCUCAACCCCUGUCACCCCCCGGCCACCUGCGCCCCACAGCCUGGAGCCCCACAUGGCUACAGCUGCCACUGCCCCCAGGGCCGCUUCGGGCCCUACUGCGAGCACAGGGAGCCCCAGCCGUGCCCUCGGGGUUGGUGGGGUCACCCCACAUGCGGCCCCUGCAACUGCGACAGCGCCCGAGGCUUCGACCCCGACUGCAACAAGACCACGGGCGAGUGCGGCUGUAAGGAGAACCACUACCGGCCUGCGGGUAGCAGCUCCUGCCUGCUGUGUGAGUGUUACCCCACGGGGUCCCUGUCCCGGCGCUGCGAUGCCAGCACUGGGCAGUGCCCCUGCAAGCCAGGGGUCAUUGGGCGUCACUGCGACCGCUGCGACAACCCCUUCGCCGAGGUGACGGCCGGCGGCUGUGAAGUGAACUACGACAGCUGCCCCCGCGCCAUCGAGAGCGGUAUCUGGUGGCCACGAACCCGCUUCGGGUUGCCCGCGGCAGCCCCGUGCCCACGGGGGGCUGUGGGCACAGCCCUGCGGCACUGUGAUGAGCACAGGGGGUGGCUGCCCCCCAACCUCUUCAACUGCAGCUCCAUUGCCUUCGCCCCCCUGCGGGCAUGGGCUCAGCGCUUGGCCCUGAACGGCUCCCGCCUGGACCCGGCACAGUCCCGGCGCGUGGCGCGGCAGCUGCACGAGGCCACGCGCGGCUCCGGCCUCGGCUUCGCCAGUGACCUGCGCCUGGUCUAUGGGUUGGCCACGCGGCUGCUGCGCCACGAGAGUGCCCAGCGCGGCUUCCGGCUGGCGGCCACACAGGACGUGCACUUCACAGAGAACCUGCUGCGGGUGGGCAGCGCGCUGCUGGACAGCAGCACCAAGCGGCACUGGGAGCUGAUCCAGCAGACGGAGGGGGGCACAGCCUGGCUGCUCAAGCACUUCGAGGACUAUGCCAGUGCCCUGGCACAGAACAUGCCCCAGACCUACCUGAGCCCCUUCACCAUCGUCACCCCCAACAUCGUGGUGUCCGUGGUGCGCUUGGACAAGGGCAGCUCCGCGGGCGCUCGGCUGCCGCGGUAUGAGGCCCUGCGGGGGGAGAAGCCCCCGGACCUGGAGACCAGCGUCAUCCUGCCCGAGAGCGUGUUCCGGGCCCCCCACACCCGCUACCCCUCGGCUGGGCAGGAGCGAGCUCCGCAGCAGGAGGGGGAUGAAGAAGAGGAGGAGGAUGAGGAUGAGGAUGCGCCCCUGGUGACCCGGCGCAAGCGUCACCCGGUGCCGGGUGACGGCCAGGCCAUUGCCAGUGUCAUCAUCUACCGCACGCUGGCAGGGCUGCUGCCCGAGCAGUAUGACACCGACAAGCGCAGCCUCAGGGUGCCCAAGCGCCCGGUGAUCAACACCCCGGUGGUGAGCAUCAGUGUGCACGCGGGGGGGGCACGGGCACCGCGGGCGCUGGAGCAGCCCAUCACCCUGCAGUUCCGGCUGCUCGAGACCCAGGAGCGCUCCAAACCCAUCUGUGUCUUCUGGAACCAUUCCCUGCUGGCUGGUGCCGCGGGCGGUUGGUCGGCGCGGGGCUGUGAGGUCGUGUUUCGCAACCGGAGUCACGUGAGCUGCCAGUGCCAUCACCUGACCAGCUUCGCCGUGCUCAUGGACAUCUCCCGCCGAGAGAACGGGGAGAUCCUGCCGCUGUCGGCGCUGACCUAUGGCUCCCUGGCCGUGGGGCUGGCGGGGCUGCUGCUGGCGGUGCUGGCGCUGGGCGGCCCACGGGCACCACGCUCCAACCGGCACAGCAUCCGCCGGCACGCGGCUGCCGCGCUGCUGCUGGCGCAGCUCGUGUUCCUGCUUGGCAUCAACCAGGCCGACAGCCCGCUGGCCUGCACGGUGGUCGCCAUCCUGCUGCAGUUCCUGUACCUGAGUGCUGUGGGGUGGGCGCUGCUCGAGGGGCUGCACCUGUACCGGCGCCGCAGUGAGCCCCGGCACGUGGACCGCGGGCCCAUGCGCUUCUACCACGUGCUGGGCUGGGGGCUGCCUGCCUUCAUCACCGGGCUGGCUGUGGGGCUGGACCCCCAGGGCUAUGGGAACCCCGACUUCUGCUGGCUCUCCAUCCACGACAGCCUGGUCUGGAGCCUGGCCGGGCCCAUCGCCUGCGCUGUGGCCGUCAGCAUCUUCUUCCUCGUGUUGGCAGCCAGGGCCACUUGUGCCACCCCACAGGGCUUCGAGAAGAAGGGCACAGCCUCCGCGCUCCGCACUGCUGUGGUGCUGCUGGCCCUGCCCAGCCUGGCCUGGCUCCUGGCACUGCUCUCGGUCAACAGUGAUGCUCUGCUCUUCCAUUACCUGUUCGCCAUCAACAACUGCCUCCAGGGCCCCCUUGUGUUCCUAUUCUGUGUGGUGCUGAGCAAGGAGGUGCGGAGGAGCCUGCGCCUGAGCUGCUCCCGCCGGCGUGGGCCCGAUCCUGCUCUGGCCACCAAAUCCACGCUCACCGCGGGUUAUGGUGGGGACAGCACCUACGUGGCCGGGAGGCUCUAUCCGGUACCCGGGGGGGGCUCCAGCGGGUCCCUGCACAGCACUGCCAAGAGCCACCACAGCUACAUCCCCUUCGUGUGCCGGGAGGACUCGGGUCUCGCAGCGAGCCCGGGGGGGCUCCUCCUGGACGUCACGGCCCCAGCGCAGGAGCACGACUCGGACUCGGAGAGCGACCUCAGCCCCGAGGAGGACCCGAGCGGCUCCUCCGGCUCCUCCCGCUCCUCCGACAGCGAGGACGAGGCGGCUCCGUCCGGAUGGGACCCCCCGAGCGCAGCCCCCCCCCCCGAACCCAGCGGGACCGGUGAUGCCCGGAUGCCCCCCCCAGGCUGCCCCUAUUGGCCGGGGGAGUUCAUGACCACAGCGAGCGAGAGCGAGGGGCCGGGGGGGGGAGGCAGCGGGACCCUGCGCGUGGAGCCAGGGGGGGGACACCCCCCACAUCCCCCCCCCAGGGAUCCCCCAUUGCUGCCCCUGCCGCACCCCCACAAAGGGAUCCUGAAGAAGAAGGGCCUGGCCCCUAUCAGUGAGUGCGGCAGCACCCAGCACCCUGCGGCCCCCCCCCCCCUCCUCGGGCAGUGAGGGGGCACGGGGGGGGCCCACGGCCGCCCCCCGCCCGCGCCAGAGCCUCCAGGAGCAGCUCAGUGGUGUCACCCCCAUUGCCAUGAGCAUCAAGGCUGGGACUGUGGACGAGGACUCCUCUGGCUCCGAGUGAGUGCUGGGGACCCAUGGGUGCCCAUUGGGUGCUCAUUGGGUGCCCAUUGGGUGCUCAUUGGGUGCCCAUUGGGUGCAAGGGUGGCUGCUGGGGUCCUCAUUGGGUGCCCACUGGGUGUUGGGGUGCCCAUUGGGUGCCCACUGGGUGUUACUGUGCCCAUUGGGGUGCUCAUUGGGUGCCCAUUGGGUGCAAGCGUGGCUGCUGAGGUCCAUCGGCUCCCCACUGGGUGCUGGGGUGCCCAUUGGGUGCCCAUUGACAUCUAUUGGGUGCUGGUGUGCUCAUUGGGUGCCCAUUGACAUCUGUUAGGUGCUGGUGUGCUCACUGGGUGCCCAUUGACAUCUGUUAGGUGCUGGUGUGCCCAUUGGGUGCCCAUUGACCAUUCAUGUUAGUGUCCCUGUUGGGUGUCCAUCAGGUGCCUGUUGGAUGCCCAUUGACCACCCAUUGGGUGCUGGUUUGCCCAUUGGGUGUCCAUUGAGUGCUGGUCUGUCCAUUGGGUGCCCAUUGACCACCCAUUGGGUGCUGGUGUGCCCAUUGGCCACCCAUUGGCUCUUGGGUGCCCACCAGGUGCCCAUUCAGCACCCAUUGGGUGCCAUGGGGGGGUCCCUCACUAACCCUCCUCUUCUCUCCCCCCCCCCCCAGAUUUCUGUUCUUUAAUUUCCUCCAUUAACCCAAGGGGGGGCUCCUGCUCCCCCCCCCACCUCCAUCCCCCAUUGGGUGCUGAGGGCACCCAUCGCCCCCAUCACGCAUCCGUCUGUCUUUUCCCCCCCCCCAUGCCCAUGUGUCCAUCCGUCCAUCACCCCCCAGGAGCGACGAGACCUCCAUCUAACAGAGACCCACGGCGCCAAUGGGGACACUGCUUGGGGGGGGGGCACACACCAGGACAUGGGUGUCAUGGGGUCGGGGGGGGGGCAUAACAUGGGGACACCCCCCCCAUUGCACUAUGGAUGCUGGCAGGGAUUUACCCCCCACCCCUUGGCACCUUCCUGGGUUGGGGGGGGUUGGUAUUGGGUGCCCCCCCCCAACCCCCCCCAUGACCCACAGCCCCAGGACCCAGUGCAGGGUUUUAUUUAAAAAAUACAUGGAAAAUACAAAAAAAAGGGUAUUUAGGGAC